UCAAUCUUCCCACAAUCUGAUAGGUCGCCUAAGAGAAGUUGGAGGAUUCUGGGAAUUGUAGUUCAAUGAUUGCGGCUCUAGGAGCGAGAGCGCCUCAUAUCGGUUCAGGUCGACUUUUUGCUGUUGUUUUUGCCUGGCUUGCUAUUUCCUUCUUUUGCUAAACGCCAGGUUAAGGCAAGGUUCCUAAACUUUUUGCCAUCACACCUUCCUACGUUGUAAUCUUAAUGUACACACCUCCCCUAAAAAUACAAACAUCAAAAUGAACACAGGAGAACAAUGAAGCUGCAGGAAAGAUGUUCUUAACUGAUCCACCAUCUACCUGCCUUUCCCCUACAGUGUAUUAUAUGAUUUGUGAAGCCGGAUUUGAAAGGAAAUCAAGCUGUGCUCUCAGUAGUUUUAUACGCGACAGUGGUGAAAUAAAUUGGGAAUUCAUCACAAAACACGUACAAUAUGGAGAGCAAGACUCAACAUUGGAUUAUAUCAACAGUGUGAAAUCUUUAGGUCCUUUAUGUGAAUCUAUUCAUUUGCAUUUGAAAUCACUUACAGUGGAGCAAUUUGAAAACCAGUUUGUGGGAUGGCUUCAAUGGACAAACUGCCCAGAGAUAUUUCUGGAAAUGUUUGAUACCAUAAAGAAUCCACAUGGUGCAGCAGUUGCACUCAGUUUAAUGAAGCUUACAUCAUGUUUGGAACGAGCCUUGGGUGAUGUAUUCUUACUAAUUGGGAAAGAUUGUCCUUUUCUUCUAAGAGAUUUGCUCGCAUCUCAGGAACUUGUUUCUAUCUUUGGGCAUCCAGUGAUGGAUGUUCUGAAGGUGUUCAUUGGCUCUCCAGAUAGUCUAAAUCUUCGUAAUAUUUUGUGGCACGGAUUUGUGUCAGCUAAAGAGAUUCCUGUCAAAUACUUCUCCAUGCUACUUUUUUUAACAGCUGGAUUGGGGCAACUGCUUAAUAAUUACUGCCUUCAGGCUCACUCUGCUUUAAUUCAUCGACCCUAUGUAUCUUUUACUCACAUGAAAGAGCUACAUAUAUUUCCAGAGCUGAAUCAAGAACUCUUGUCAUUGGCUGAAGAAUUAGUAACAAAAUCCAAUAUUAUAUUAAAGACUAUGAUACCUUUUUGGAUUGCUGCAAUAACUUCAUUCCAAGAGGCAAGGUAUGCAGAUAGUGUCAUUUUGAUACUUCCUCAGCUGGAAGGUGGGCUUAGAGUACUCUUCACAGCAGUUAAUAAAUGUCCAAGCAGACUAAUGACAGCUGAGUCAUCUUCUCUGUAUACCACUUUUGAUGAAAUAUUAGCAAAACAGUUGAAUAAUGAAGAAAUAAAUCAGCUCCCCAUAGUCCUUGGUGAAUCAGCAAUGGAAUUUCUUUGGGAUUUUUUGAACCAUCAAGAAGGCCCACGUGUUAGAGACCAUCUGAGCCAUGGAGAAAUCAACUUAAAUGGCUUCCCAAGAGAAAUAGCAAAUUCCAUGCUUUCGUUUUCUAUUACACUCCUCUGCAGAUUUUCAUGGGAUGGCUUGUCUUUCAUUAAGGAACACGAAUCCUUAAAACCAUUAAUGACCUGUGCAAAUAAUUACUAUACCAAGUUUCAUCCAAUAACUCAGCUUAAGAAACAGAUACUGAACUGCAUAAAAAGUAUCACCACUUGGCCAGAUUUUCCUAUGGGGUCUGAAGAGCAAGAAAUUUCAGGGUCAGGAAAAGAUACUGCCCCCUGUAUUCUUAUGAUCAGUGAUAUUUUGUCUCAACUGCAGCCCUAUUUGCCUGUGAAUGUUACACUAUUAGGUGAUCCUGUAAACAAUCUGCUAACCGAGAAGUUGCUGACUGAACUUUGUAGCAAGCACAUUCAUACCCUUUUCUCUCCACGAAUUAUCCUGGAAACAAUUGUGGUGCUUCGCCAGAUAAGCACCCAUUGCCAUCAUGUGUCACGUCAAGUCAUUUCAGUUUGUGAAACCAGAUACGAACAGUGGAUAAAUAAGUCACUGAGGUCGCGCCAACGACUUAACUUUCUACGCAUGAGAAGAAGUAUCAAACUUCUGUCCCCAGUUUUGCAACUAGUUUUAAUCUUGAUUACCAUGGAGCUAGCGAACAUUCAUAUGAUUUGCAGAAAAAAUACUUUUGAAUGUCAACAGUACUUAAAGUUUCUCAAACUGAUUUUGCAGUAUAUUGAGAACUUGGUGACUUACACAAGUCCAGAAAAAAAUAAGUGGGAUGAAACCAUAGUGCUUACACACAAAUCAUUGAUAAAAAUCAGAACCUUUCUAGGAAGGGUAUUGAUGCUUGUACAGUUGGCUGAAACAAAGAAUGUAGUUAGUCCUCAUCAGAAUUCUGUAGGCUUAACCUAAACAGGUAGUUAUCCUUUCUCCCCAAUUUAUACAGAUCAACAUUUGCAAAAACUAUGUGCAUAUGUCCUUCAAAGCAAUGAUGUGUGGAUGUGAGUAUGAAAGAGAUUUUCUGAGCAAAAAAAAUAAAAUUUAUGGCAAAGCCAUUGUUAUCUGUUGUGGAUGGGUAUAUUGGUUGAUGGAUGGAUUGAUGGAUAAAUGAAUAGGUUUGAUCACAUUAAUAAGAUCGAUAUUAUAGCUGCUAUUAAAUAUAAUUUUAUUUUUUAGUAAAGUAUAUUAAAUAUGGUACUAUAGAAAUGUUUUAGUAAAAUAUACUGAUUUGUAAAUUAUUUUUUAAAGUUUUCUCCGAUUAAGGUGAAUAAACUGGGAGACAUGAGUUAUAA